AUGAAUCUUCGUCUCCAACAAGAAAUCAGUCCUUCUCCUACCCUGUUAGGCAGUUCAUCUCUGCAUGCGAUGGAAAAGGAUCAUCUGCCUACACAACCCAUCUGCCACAAAGAAGAAAAUGAUAAGCAGAAAAAUAAAGAUGACCUUGUACAGAGUAGUAUUCAGACCCAUAUUGACAUUUUUGAGCGAGAGCUGGGUAUUAACGAACAGGCAAAAAAGCAAUUAGAUGAACCAGCUUCCAAUUCCUGAACCACAUCUUUUUGGAUAUCCUGAUGUGUUCGCGACUAAAAUGAUGGGUCCAGUCCAGGUUCCAUAUCAAGGUUUUGCUCCACGGCCAGCUCCAUGACAAGGACCUUAUCCUUACCCAAUCCAGUUUCUAC